AUGCUUAUUCCUGUGCGUUGCUACUCCUGCGGGAAAGUCAUUGGGAACCUUUACGAGACGUACCAGCAGCUGCUUAGCGAGGACUACACUGAGGCGGAGGCGCUCAACGCCCUGCAGCUUGACCGCAUGUGCUGCCGCCGCAUGAUAUUGUCGCACAUCGACCUUGUGGACGACUUGCUGCCGUACAGCGUGCCUGUGGUGGGAACCAUGCCGUUUGCCAAUCCACUGCAGACGUCAAAACCGCACCGCCGGUGA